AUGGACGCAGCGCGUCCUCUGGCAGGCAGCGCGGAGGCGUCUGCAGGCCGUGGUGGCAGUACGGAAGGACAGAGGCUCAGCGGCUCAUGGAGCGGACGUGAGCGAAAAUCAGUCGUGGAACAAGUGGCAGAAGGCGGCCGUCGCUGCACCGUCGCCGCAGACAGUUAUUUCGAGGCAAUUGACGGGACCGAUGGCAAUCAGAAUCAGGAAGCGGGCAGCUUUCCCGACUCGGUGAGAGGAUCCUUCGAGAACUUGAAGCGUGAGACGCUGCUGGAUCCAGUGUAUGUGGAGGAAUUGCAGACAGAGGAGCCUUCACGACUUGCCUGGCUGCGAUCUUCCGGUGGACUCAUCGUGCAGCUCACGCUUUUCCUGGUCUAUGUUGGCCUCGACUGCGGCAAGACCAUCUUCAACAGUAUGGCCUUGAAGGGCGAUCUUGCCAUCGUACCACAAAGUCUUCCGAUUUGCCAGUCGGCUUUGCAGAUAGUCUUGGGCAUCGUCUGCGUGUACGCCUUUCUCGGCAGGGAGUUGGUGGCCGAGGUGUUCAACGGCAAGAAGAUCCUAAAGUUCUUCCCGAUUUCCCUCAUCUUCGCGAUGGCUCAAGCCUUCCAAACUCUGGCAUACACGGUCAUCAGUGGUGGAACAAUCAAGAUUUUGGGCCAGGUGCGUUUGCUGCAGACGGCACUGCUCUCAAAGUUUCUCCUCGGCCGUAACUAUGUCAUGAAUCAGUGGCUGGUCAUAUUCAUGAUCGUCAUGUCCGCAGGCAUCUUCUGUCAAGCCAAAAUGGAAGACAAAACACAUUGGGACUGCUACAAAGCGCUCAACAAAAUGACUGGGACCACAGCCGUCUUUGACACGGUGCCACAGGCCUGCGUAAUGGGCGCCAAUGCCGAGGGUGAUGCGACGGAUAAUGGCGACUUCCUGAAGGGCAUGUUGUAUGUCUUUAUCUACCUGAUUCUCAGUGACUGUGGGUCGAUUGCCACAGAGCGUUUCCUCAAUGACGAAGAUUCGCCAUACUACUUGCAAAAGACCUGGUUGGAGGUUGGCGGCCUGCCUUGUUCUAUUGCCAUGUCCUUUGUGGUCCCACUGACCCUGCAGUUCAUAGGAAGUUUCAGCGAUGACGGUAUAGAUCACGGACCGCCACCCAAAUGGGAGUCGCAGAUGUGGUGGAAGCAAGACCAAAGAUGUAGCGAUCCGUCUUGGGCCAGCCAGGGCAAGAACAUGAACUUCUGCGGCGGCUUCUUCCGGAACUGGACCAUCGCGGCAGUUGUAGCUCUCUUGCUCAGUAUGACGCAUUCGUGGCUCUCGGGGCUCGUGGUUAAGAAGCUCAACUCUGUGAUCAAGCUCAUGGGGAAGUGUGCAUCCUUGGCCCUCGUCUUCUUUGUCGGUGACUGCUGGCUACUGCGAAAGCAGGAUCCACCUGUCCUCUGCAUGAUUGCGGCAUUGAUGGUCAUGACCGGAACCUUCACCUUCAUGAACAUCAAGCCGCCAAAGAAGGAGACAGAGACCGCUCCUCCAGCCGCUCCCGCCUCCGGCAGUUCCCCACCGGCAGGGGACACAGAGAUGGCCAGCCGCAGCUAA